AUGAAACAGAACGAUUGGUUUGUGAAGCUCUAUGCGAAUCAGUACAGAGCUGAAAAUGCAAGGACACCAAUAAUCACAUUUGUCUGUGGUGUAGGUGUUAUUUCACUAGCACUGGUGCUCUACAAUAGGUACUGUUUAAAUGCGAAGAAGUUGCCGGAUGGGGAAGCCGUCGAUUUCAAAAUUAUGUUUCACCUUAAGAAAUAUAUUCCAUUUUUACGUAAUUUCGGUAUACAUUAUCGGGAAUUCUCGAGCGAUGAUUUCUGA